AUGGCCCGCACUGAGGACGAAGCGGGGGUCCCGGGUAUGCUGGUUGGAGUCGCCGUCGAUGGAGAGGAGGUCUGGGCGGAAGGUUUGGGUUAUGCUGAUGUAGAGAAUCGUGUGGUAUGUAAGCCAGAGACAAUCAUGCGAAUUGCUAGUAUUAGCAAGUGUCUUACAAUGAUGGCUGUUGCUAAAUUGUGGGAAGAGGGAAAGCUGGAUCUAGAUGCUCCGGUGCAGAAAUAUGUCCCUGAAUUUCCAGAAAAAGUCUACGAGGGUGAAAAGGUCACUAUUACUACAAGACUAUUGGUCUCACACUUGAGUGGGAUUCGUCACUAUGAAAAAGAUACUGCAAAAGUAAAGGAAGAAAAGGAAAAGGCAAACAGAGCACUAAGGCUAACGAAAUGCCGUCAGGAUAAAGAACAAAAAGAAAAAGAAGGCAAAGUGAUUGAAAAGACUGAUUCUGUCAAACCUAGGGAAGAGCACGAAGGUGAGGUAAAAAGCCGAAAUUCAAAACCUGGCAGGAGAGACAAGGAAUUUGAGCAAGAAGAGUAUUAUUUGAAGGAAAAAUUUGAAAGUGUGAUUGAAUCACUGAAGAUAUUUAAAAAUGAUCCUUUAUUCUUUAAACCAGGUAGUCAGUUCUUGUAUUCAACGUAUGGCUUCACUCUCCUGAGUGCUGUUGUGGAGAGAGCUUCAGGGCAAAAAUUUACAGAUUAUAUGCUAAAGAUGUUUCGUGAUUUGGAUAUGCUGUCAACUGUACUAGAUGACAAUGAAGCAAUGAUAUACAACAGAGCAAGGUGUUACGUUUACAACAAAAAGGGACGGCUGGUAAAUGCACCGUACGUGGACAACUCUUACAAGUGGGCUGGUGGUGGCUUUCUGUCGUCAGUAGGCGACCUUCUGAAAUUUGGAAAUGCCUUGUUAUACAGUUACCAAGCUGGACAAUUUAAAAACACUAAUGGCAGACUUCUUCCUGGAUACCUCAAACCAGAGACGGUCGCGAUGAUGUGGACCCCAGUGCCAAAAACAGAAGUGUCGUGGGAUAGGGAUGGCAAAUACGCAAUGGCUUGGGCUGUAGUAGAGAAAAAACAACAAUGUGGCUGCUGCAGACAGCAGAGACACUACGCAUCUCACACGGGUGGUGCCGUGGGGGCAAGUAGUGUCCUCCUGAUUCUUCCCGAAGAGCUGGACUCGGCAACUAUAGGUGCUGGGCUGGUGGCACCACCCAGAGGAGUCAUCGUUAGUAUCAUCUGUAACAUGCAGUCGGUUUCGCUCAACAGCACUGCCUUAAAGAUUGCGAGGGAAUUUGAUAAAGAGAAAUGGGCACAAUGUGUAGAUUAG